AUGCCCGCCACUACCGCCAGCCGAAAAGUUGGUCUCGUGCAGCUUGUCAUCGAUGCCGGCGCCAACAUUGAUGCUCGCGUGACGUUUGGCCUUCGCGGGCUGCCAAAAGCCAACCCUAACACUGAAGACAAAAAGCUCGGCAGACCUGCCCAAGCCGCUGCCUCCUUAGGAAAUGUCGAUAUGAUGUUGAUGCUACUGGAUCACGGAGCACGUGCAGAUGGAUUUUGGUGGCCACUUGGCAACACGCUACAGGCUGCCUUCUUUAAUGACAGUGUGUUCGACUCUUGA